AGUGACAAAAUAAAGUAAAUAGAAGCUGUCUUUAGGUCGAGAAGUUGAGAUAAUUGCGAAUAAAAAGGGCGAUUCAACAAAAAAUAUUUUGAUUUUAUGCACACUGAAUAAUAUCUUUAUGACGACUCUGUGCGACGUCUAAGAAAGGUUUCACAGGGACAGGAGUGACGCUGUCCUGCAAUGUUCACAGAUAUGGACUAUGAAUUGGAGGAGGACAAACUGGGGAUACCAACAGUGCCUGGGACUGUGACUCUGAAGAAAGAUGCUAAUAAUCUUAUAGGCAUCAGCAUUGGUGGUGGGGCUCAGUACUGCCCUUGCCUCUACAUUGUUCAGGUGUUUGAUAACACACCGGCAGCUUUGGAUGGGACGCUGGCAGCAGGUGAUGAAAUCACAGGUGUGAACGGGAAAGCAGUCAAGGGCAAAACUAAGGUGGAGGUGGCCAAGAUGAUUCAAGCUGUGCAGGGGGAGGCAGUGAUCCACUACAAUAAGCUGCAAGCUGACCCAAAACAGGGGAAGUCUCUGGACAUAGUGCUGAAAAAAGUCAAACAUCGACUCGUAGAGAAUUUGAGCUCAGGAACAGCGGAUGCUCUUGGACUCAGUAGAGCUAUUCUAUGCAAUGAUGGACUUGUCAAAAGACUGGAAGAGCUGGAGAAAACGGCAGAGCUGUACAAAGGGCUGAUGGAGCACACGAAAAGACUACUGAGAGCGUUUUUUGAGCUUUCUCAAACCCACAGAGCAUUUGGAGAUGUGUUUUCUGUCAUCGGGGUACGAGAGCCCCAGGCUGCUGCCAGCGAGGCUUUUGUGAAGUUUGCUGAUGCUCACCGCAACAUUGAGAAAUACGGCAUUCAGCUACUAAAGACCAUCAAACCUAUGCUCCAUGAUCUGAACACGUACCUUAAUAAGGCCAUACCAGACACCAAGCUCACCAUCCGCAAGUACCUGGAUGUGAAGUUUGAAUAUCUGUCGUACUGCUUGAAGGUGAAGGAAAUGGAUGAUGAAGAAUACAGCAGCAUUGCCAUGGGGGAGCCUCUGUACCGCGUCAGCACUGGUAACUAUGAGUACCGUUUGGUGCUUCGGUGUCGGCAGGAAGCCCGCGCCCGCUUUGCCAAAAUGAGGAAAGACGUCCUGGAGAAGAUAGAGCUGCUGGAUCAGAAACACGUUCAAGACAUCGUGUUCCAGCUGCAGCGCUUCGUGUCGGGAAUGUCACAUUACUACAAUGACUGCUACGCCGUCCUGAAGGAGGCAGAUGUGUUCCCCAUCGAGGUGGACCUCUCCCGCACAAUGAUCAACUACAGCAGCCAGCCGUUCUCCUACACAGACGAAGACGAGGAGGAAGAGGGAGGCGGAGAGGGAGGAGGAAGCAGUGCUGGCAGACAAGCAGAAAACGGAGCGGAGAAGCUGAUCGAUGACGAAUGAGAAUGCCCGCAUGCGUUUGUGUUUACCAUCAGUUACAUUUAAUGUCUACACGCUCAGCAGGCAGUGAUGCUUGCAGCAGAAAGCAGCUGCAGGAACGGUUAACACUGUUCACACAGAGAGGAAUACUGAUUAGAAAUGCUGCUAUGAUACUGUAUGUGGGUGUUUUUACAGUUGUUUCUGUGGAUUGUUAAAAAUUCUAUAGCUUUACGGUUACUUUAUGAUAUUAUUUACAUUUGCAAAUUUUCACUUAAAGAAAAUCAUUUAUGGUGUCUCAUAAGGUCAUCACUGAAGGAGUGUGAGGGACACAAUCAAUUGAAUGAAGCUUUAUUUUGUUGUGAGUGAUGUGUUUGGGUUUUAAUGUUUCAGACUGGGAUCUGUAAGCAUAUGAGGUGUGCCUUAUUUGCUCUCUGUGCAGUGAGGUGUACUGGGUCUGAGCUGUUUCAGUGUGGAUAAUAUUUAUUUUCUUUGCUGCAGAACCUGCUGCAUCUUUGACGUUUAUUUGUUUACCUGCUUGAAAUGAUAUCACACUCUAAAUGUUUGUCACUGCAGAGAGAAAUUCUCAGUGCAACAAACCACUGGAUAAUUUUACAACAUGUCAGGGUGUUUGUUACAUUCAGCCUUUUUCCCCCAUCUUUGCACAUUUUAAGUUGUCCGACCGAGGUUCUUUUUUUUCUUUGUCUAAGGUGUCUGUUUUAUCUUCUCGGGCAGCAUGCUUCAGGUGGAGUGUUCACAUUCCCCUCACUACAUUUGCAUUCCAGCUGUGCCCUCACAGUAUGAUGAAGAAACUAAAUGGAUGCACAGCUUCACUGUGUUGUAAAAAGGAAUUUUAAAAAACACUAGAAGUGUGUAGAAAAAGGAAAGAGGUGUAAAAGCUGUUUUACUUACUUUAUUUAUUGUGUUUAUCAAAUUAUAUCUGAAAAUUUAAUAAGGUAAAGUUAAUCUGAUAGUUUAUUAAACUGUUCCAAAAACUAUCGCUAGGGGGCAGUGUCGCAUCAGCUCUUAAAUGUUUCUUUUUGUUUCUCUGAAUGCAAAGAAAGGGACCCAUUGUUUGUGUUCCUUGAUUUUCUUGGUUGGUUACUUCGUACUACGUCAUAAUGACUUUUCGGAACUUGACUAAAUAUAUGAUCAUUUUAAUGAAUAUGCUGUCAGUUUAUUUUCUAUUUUAACUUUCUUUUACCUCGAUAGGGUCUGUUGCCACAUGAAUUGCGCAGAUGCACUGUCCGUGACAUUGUAAUAUAUCAAAUAAAGUAAAUCCAAAUAUAAA